AACCAUCAGAUAGACGACUGGUUGAAGGCCAUACAAGACGUUAGAACAGAGUUCGAUCAAAAUCCUGAGGGCCUAUUCGAGGCUAGUCGUUAUUUCGACUCCAAAGAAGACAAGCCUGUUUUGCCAAAUUUUCCUGACUUCAAGCCCACCCAAGAACAAUGGGACCAAUACAAAACUGUGAAAGAUUUGAGAAUCCCCAUUUUGCAAGAUGAUAUUCUCUCUCAUUGUGUCAAUUUGAUGAUGAGAGAUGGGAAGAAAGAAGUCGCAAGAAGAAACUUGGCCAAGGCUCUUUAUCUCACCAAGUUGACUUUGAAGUUGGAUCCUAUAAGAGUAUUCAAAAAAACAUUAAUAUCACUAGCUCCUCUAGUUACGACCACAACUUUCAAGGAUGGUACUGCUAAGUCAGUGUUAUUACCAAUUCCUUUACCCGAAAAAAAAAGAAGAAGAAUUGCUUUUCUUUGGUUAUUGGAUGGUGCUAGAAAGAGACCUUCUAGAGAUUUCGGGAUCAGAUUGGGUGAAGAAAUUAUAGCAGCUUAUGGUGGUAAAUCUACUGGUUACCAAAGAAGAGCUGAAAUGCACAAAGUAGCUAUUGCCAAUAGAGCUUAUGUCAAGGUUAAAUAA